AUGUUUGCCAGAAUGUCUGAUCUCCAUGUUCUGCUCUUAAUGGCUCUGGUAGGAAAGACAGCCUUUGGGUUCUCCCUGAUGUCUUUCCUUGAAGACCUGGACCCUGAUUGGACUCCCGACAACUAUGAGCACAGCUAUGAGCAUUACAGCCAGGACGAGAACGCCAGUAAUACUGUUGCCUACCCUGAGAACCCUGACUGGUACUAUGCAGAGGAUGAUCCGUGCCAGUCCAACCCCUGUAAACAUGGCGGGGACUGCCUCAUCAGCGGGGACACCUUCACGUGCAGCUGCCCAGCCCCUUUCUUUGGGAACAGGUGUCAGAAAGGGCACAAGUGUAAGAACAACCCAUGUGGCCGGGGUGAAUGUCUCAUUACGCAGAGUCCUCCCUACUACCGUUGUGCCUGUAAACACCCCUACACAGGUCCAGACUGCUCCAGAGCACUUCCUGUGUGCCGGCCAAACCCCUGCCAGAAUGGUGGCACCUGCUCCCGGCGUAAGGGGAGAUCUAAGUUUACCUGCACCUGUCCCGACCAGUUCAGGGGAAGAUUCUGUGAAAUAGGUUCUGAUGACUGCUAUUUUGGUGAUGGUCUCUCUUACCGAGGCAAAGUGAGCAGGACCGUCAACCAGCACCCAUGCCUUUCCUGGAACUCCCACCUCCUCUUGCAGGAGAAUUACAACAUGUUUAUGGAAGAUGCUGAGGCCCAUGGGAUUGGGGAGCACAACUUCUGCAGAAACCCAGAUGGAGACAAAAAGCCCUGGUGCUUCAUUAAACUUAACAAUGAGAAGGUGAAAUGGGAGUACUGUGAUGUCUCAGCCUGCUCAACAGACGUUGCCAACCAAGAGGAAAGCACAACAGAACCCCUGACCACGAUUCCGGGCUUUGACUCCUGCGGGAAGACUGAGCUUGCAGAGAGGAAUGUCAAGAGGAUCUACGGAGGCUUUAAGAGCACGGCGGGCAAGCACCCCUGGCAGGCAUCCUUGCAGACCUUGCUUCCACUGACCGUGUCCAUGCCUCAGGGCCACUUCUGUGGAGGGGCCCUGAUCCACCCCUGUUGGGUGCUCACUGCUGCCCACUGCACUGACAUAAAAGCCAAACACCUAAAAGUGGUGCUAGGGGAACAGGACCUGAAGAAGCCAGAAUUCCAUGAGCAGAGUUUCAGGGUGGAGAAGAUACUCAAGUACAGCCACUACAAUGAAAGAGAUGAGAUUCCCCACAAUGAUAUUGCUUUGCUCAAGUUAAAGCCUGUGGAUGGUCACUGUGCUCUGGAAUCCAAAUACGUGAAGACUGUGUGUUUGCCUGAUGGCCCCUUUCACUCUGGGACUGAGUGCCACAUCUCCGGCUGGGGUGUUACAGAAACAGGAGAAGGGUCCCGCCAGCUUCUGGAUGCCAAAGUCAAGUUGAUUGCCAACACUCUGUGCAACUCUCGCCAGCUCUAUGACCACAUGAUUGACGACAGCAUGAUUUGUGCAGGAAACCUUCAGAAACCUGGGCAGGACACCUGUCAGGGUGACUCGGGGGGCCCUCUGACCUGUGAGAAGGAUGGCUCCUACUACGUCUACGGGAUAGUGAGCUGGGGCUUGGAAUGUGGGAAGAAGCCAGGUGUCUACACCCAAGUUACCAAGUUCCUGGACUGGAUCAAAGCCACCAUCCGCAGGGAGGAUGGCUUCUAA